AUGUCUGAGAACCAAGUGCUUGAUAACAAGUGUGUAACUGUUACGUUUCCAAUUGACGAAGGAGAACCUUUAGGAGCCACACCUAACGAAAAGCUUGUAAUAACUCGUGUUCAGAAGGAUAGUAUUGCCUAUGAUAAACUCAAGAUCGGUGAUCAAAUCCAAGAGCUGAACGGAAAGAAAGUAACAGAUUGCAAUCACUUUUUCAAACUCUUACGUACUGCUCCUCCAGAGGCCACAAUUACACUUAUAAGAGAUGAAAAAAAAGCUGCGGAACUUCAAUCUCGCAUGCAUAUUCCGGAAGAAAGAGCCAAAACGUUAAUUAGACGAGACGGCUUCUCUUACUUGAUAGCUAAAAUAAAUUGGACUCAAGGCGGACCCAAGUUCGGUUUAGGAAUCAAACACUACCAAAAUCGUGUAUUGGUAUCUCGAUGCGAUCCAGGAUCAGUAGUAUCUGAAAGUUUGAUGGUCGGCGACCACAUUCUGGACGUGGACUCUUUCCGUGUGACGGAUAAAGAUGUUGCACGCGAUUUACUCAUUAAGUCAUUAACGAGAACUGGCAGUGUUACUUGUGUAAUCGAAAGACCAGAAACUACUGAAGCUAAAGCUUGGACCCAACAGGCUUUAUCGGCUCAAACGAAUCAGCCUCCAUCAAUUACAUUGAGCAGCGAUGUUAGAAACAUUGCCCAAAGAGAGCGCACUCGUUUAGCUGAGAACAAGCAGCCAGCUCGUUCGAUUCUCGUGGGAAAAGAUGGUUUUCCUGCUUCUGCUCGCGUUCAGAUUAUGGAAGCUCCUUGUGAGCUCAUCAUCGCAUCUGAUAAUGAUGGUCGAUGCCUUCGAGCUGUCAAGAAAUAA